AAGACAAACAGGACUGAGACCUGCAGUUCAGGGAGAAACUCUGGCAGUCAGGAUCCAGCAGUGAGUUUGGAAAUCUGACUGAGGAAAAGUCUUCUGAGGAUUCAACGACAUCAUGCAUACUGAGAGAUACUGUCAAAUGAUCAUUCACAGAGGAAGUUCAACAAUGAACUCUGAGACAUCUCUGGACCUCCAGGACACAAAGACAAUACAUAAUAAAUGGAAAUCCAGACUACAUAAAAUCAUCCAGAAUCCAUUACCAUGGAGGAAAAUCAACAGAAAGGAAACAAAUGAAACAAGCCUACUGGGAGAAUCUCUCGAGACACUUCUUUCCCAGAAAUGUGGACAAAUGGCAUUUCGGGACUUUCUGAAAUCAGAGUUCUGCGAGGAAAAUCUGGAUUUCUGGCUCGCCUGUCGAGAGUUCAAAACCUCUGACAGUCCAGAGGAGCUGACACGGAGAGCUGCAAGUAUUUAUGAAGAGUUCAUCGGGACUGAAGCUCCCAGACAGGUAAACUUAGAUUUCUACACAAGAGACAUUAUCAGACAGAGUCUCCAUCAACCAAGUCCAUCAUGUUUUGUUGUGGCACAGAGGAAAAUCUACAGCCUGAUGGAGAACGGCUCCUUCCCACGCUUCAUUCAAUCCGAGCAACACAGAGUCCUGUUUGAUGCAGCUUCUAAGCAAAGAGGCCUUGGGAGGCACAGAAAGGCCUUGAAGAUAAGGAGCACUGGAGAUCUAAUGCCGCGUGAUUCAAAACCAAUCAGCCUGCAGAGCCAGCUCUAUCUCUUGCACAAGGACUGACAUCAUGCACGUCGGUGGUGCAAAGUGUUGCACAGACAGACACGGGCUCAGGAGCUGCUGUUGACAGACUCUGUGCAGGCACUUCCCCUUCCCUCACAAUGUCACCUCAAAGACUGAAAGCCAGUGCAGUGGACAUAACAUACUGCAGGCGGUGCCACCUGCUGUUAAACCAGGUUAAACUGUGGUUUUCAACCCAGCGGGGCUCCUGGCUGAGACGAUGUCUUGAAUGUAAAUAUUUAUGGUUUUAUACAAGUGAAAUGCACGACUGCAGGACUGUUGUGUAUUUUGUGAUUUUGCAUUAAACAAUAUUUAUGGAAAUUUGAAUGAUUUUGCCAUGUAUGCAUCAUAAGGCAUUGCACAAGUACAGACUUUACUUUGUGAUAAAUUCACAAAAAAAAAAGUUAAACUUUGCAAAAUUCAUGAACUGAACAAAAAGA